AUGGGCCGUGCAUUGCUGCUCACGUGCCUUAUUUUAGUCCACUCAAAUAAAGGAGAAUAUGUUGAAGAAGAAGACCUUUUCUCAAGUGGAGAAGAUGGGAGCUUGGAAGGAGAGAUACAGACGGAUUACAGUUCUGUUAUGGCGAAUGGGGGAUAUUCUGAAUAUCGAGCCAAGAGAGCGAUCGCACAUUUACUUGAUGCAUUUACAACAGAACUGGUCGCUACAUCGGAAACCACCCUUAGUACUACAGGAAGCUUAAAUCUACUAUCAACGGAAACCACAUUAGAUACCACAACUCCAGAUAUACUAACCACGUUGGAUACUACGACUCCAGAUAUUCUGACAACGUUAGAUACCACGGCUCCAGCUAUAAUAACCACAUUAGAUACCACGGCUCCACCUAUAAUAACCACGUUGGAUACUACGGCUCCAGCUAUAAGAACCACAUUAGAUACCACCGCUUCCCCUAUAAUAACCACAUUAGAUGCUACGGCUCCACCUAUAAUAACCACCGAUACCACUGCUUCAGCUAUAAUAACCACGUUGGAUACCACGGCUCCAGCUGUAAUAACCACAUUGGAUACCACUGCUCCAGCUAUAAUAACCACGUUAGAUACCACGGUUCCACCUAUAAUAACCACGUUAGAUACCACGGCUCCAGCUGUAAUAACCACAUUGGAUACCACUGCUCCAGCUAUAAUAACCACGUUAGAUACCACGGUUCCAGCUAUAAUAACCACCUUAGAUACCACGGCUCCAGCUAUCAUAACCACGUUGGAUACCACGGCUCCAGCUAUCAUAACCACGUUGGAUACCAGGGCUCCAGCUAUCAUAACAACGUUGGAUACCACGGCUCCAGCUAUUAUAACCACGUUGGAUACCACUGCUCCAGCUAUAAUAACCACGUUAGAUACCACGGUUCCAGCUAUAAUAACCACGUUAGAUACCACGGCUCCAGCUAUCAUAACCACGUUGGAUACCACGGUUCCAGCUAUAAUAACCACGUUAGAUACCACGGCUCCAGCUAUCAUAACCACGUUGGAUACCACGGCUCCAGCUAUCAUAACCACGUUGGAUACCACGGCUCCAGCUAUCAUAACCACGUUGGAUACCACGGCUCCAGCUAUCAUAACCACGUUGGGUAAAACUAAAUCAAUCUCUACUACCACCAUCGGUACUACAUCGGCAACCACUGGACUGAGUCUGAUUGAUCAAUUACUUCAGAUGUCAUUAACAAAUAUUAAGGAAACCGAUACACUUACCAUCAUAAGCUCUUUGAAGGACUACACGUCGUCCAUCAACUCUAGCGGAAAUCAAGUGGGAGAAAUGCUGUCCGUCUUAUACAUCCUGGGAAACCUGACUGAAGCGGCUGUGCAGUCGAAUUUCCGUUUCAAUGUGGACACUGUAAAGGUGACAGAUCUAAUUAAGAAACACAUCCUGAAGAUUACCCCAGCAAGCAGCACAGCAACAUCUGUGAGCACUUACUGAUGGACCCAGCCUCAUAAGGCCAACCAGUACGUCAACCACAACGGAUCACAAGCAACAGGCAGCUACAGUGUAUCUCCAGCAAUAUCCGCGAACGUUCACUCUUUCUAUAGAUACUGCACCAACAUCUGCUCCGACGGCAUCUUGCAGACAUUCUAAUUAAAGGAACAGAACGGCUGCUAGUAGUGCUCAAUGAUAUUUAACCUCAGUAAUCUCUCUUUAUUGGAGAUGAUACAUACAAUAAAUACAUGGAAUUAAUUUAUUAGGCAGCUCAAUGUGCAAUAACAUAGACGGAAUACAUAUAAAAUGUCCACCAUGUCCCCUCCCACCUAUCACUUCAUCAAUUCCUCCUGUGUUCUCCUGUGUGUAAGGGGCAUAGCCUUCCUUAGAUAACCAUUCGUGG